CAGCAGUUCAGGGCAUGGACGGCAACGCCAGCCGGCCGUCGGCUGCCCUGGGCAUUUUACCACUUUAGCAGGCCCCCAUCCAUUGGCAUUUACACCCGCGCAAGCCCAUCCGCCUCGUAUCGUCUUGCUCGCCCGACGCCCUGACCUGAAAUAGUGUCAACCCAGUCACUUACAAGAACCGCCUGCAACAGGACCAUGCUCAAGCCUCUACAAAACCCAAGGCCCUCCUUUAUUCUUUUCCAAUUCGCACGCAGCACUUUCUGCUAGUCUAGGGCAAGCCCUCUCUUAAUCCCCCGGCUUGUCCGCGCGCCUUGCUUCAGUCGCCAGUGAGCUGAUUCAAGCGACCAGCACAUCCUUCCGCUGCCCCCUCUCGCCUCUCUUUCUACUCGACACUCUUCACUCUACAUCAGAUCUACCAUGGCCACUACCGAUGCCGCCAUGGCCGAAGCGCCACCUCACCGCCCUGACCGCCGCCUCAACGGCUCUCCCGCGCCGACCCAGUCCAAGCGGGACAAGCGCCGGAACAUGCUGACUGAGCGGCUCGCCGUCCUCUCAGAGAAGUUUGGCAAGGACCGCGAUCAGGCGUUCCGCGAGCAGCUACAGAAGAUCCAAAUUGACACCAAUCUAGUCAUGAGAAUGGACCCCUACGUCGAUCGGCCCAUGGACGGCUUCGAAGAAGACGAGAGGCGGCUCCAGCAGCUGAAUGGCGACUCGGAGAAUGGCUCGGGGCCGCGAACUCUUCUCGAGAUGGCCGGCCCGCACUUUUCACAGUGGAUGGAAAAGGUCCAAGAUCUUGUUGAGCAGCGUGAUUACGCACUUACAAAGUAUAAGUUUGACUAUGAGAAGAAGACGUCCGAAUACCUCGCUACGCAUGCAUACAAGGUCGAGACGGCGAACCGCGAAUACCGAUCUCUGUCCCAGACGUUGCGCGAUCGCCUGAUCAAUGCCAUCACGACUAAAAAAUUCAGGCUGAACAAGGAGAAGGAGGCGCUCGAGAUAGAGUCUCCGGCCUUGCUGCUGCAUCCCAACCAGUUCAGCGUGGCAAACCCCGCCAGCCCCGGAGGCACACAUAGCAAGAGAGCGACACGCUUACGACGAGAGGUGGAGGAGAUUCCCUCGAUUGACGGCAAGAAACGGAAGCGCGGCCACAACGACGACGACGGAUCGCCGGCCCCGCAACGCCGCGCCCUUGACCCAUCGACGACCACACCUCUCUGGCAAAAUGAUCGUUUGGCCAUGCGCAAGGUCGAGGGCCCAGUAUACAGCAUCGACAAACUCUUCACAGACAAGGAGCUGUCCAUGACCUACAAUACGGCUGCCGUGGCUGCGCACAAGCAUAUGCUGACACACAAGCCCAAGUUCGACGAGCAUGGCGUGCCUCUCGCCUUCUCCGAGGGCAGCGGCUCUGACGUUGGCGAACAUUGGGACGACGAUGUCCCGUAUUACGCCCCGGCGAUGGAGCGGAACGUCUCGCACGCGACACGCAGUGGCCGCGCAGGGGCAAACAAUCCUAACUUUACCGACGACAAGCUUAUGGGGCUGGAGGCGCUCGCAAACUUUGACUUCCCAGGCAAUUUUGAGCGCAUGCUGGGGGCCGACCCCAAGCUCCCACCGACAUUCCCGUCCACAUACGUCAAGGGGCAUGCCAAGGGCACAGAGUUCAACGGUCCCUCGGCGCUCAACGUGGACGACGUCAAUGGCGACUGGAAGGUUAUGCAGGCGUUGCGCCACUACGACCAGAUCCAUGGGGUCGGUUCGAAUUUUGCGGCAGAGAAUGGGAGCCGAAAGUUGUUAGAGGCAGCGUCCAUGCCGGUGCGCGACCAGCGGUUCGUGUCGUAUCUACAAGGGGAACGGCCAGCCGAGAACGAAGUCCGAAAGCGGCUCGGCCUUCCAGCGGUACCGGAGCCCAAUCACGGCGCGGACCAAGGCGGGGCACAUGAGGGUGUGCCCUCAAAGCUGGGCCGUUCAGGCACGCCGGCACAGCAAUCCCCCGCCAAGGGAGUUGUGGCGCCAGUUGGUGGUGUGCCCCUAAGCCGGCAAAACAGCGCAAACGGUGCGCCCAUGAGCCGCAGCAGCAGCCGAAAAGGGCGGCCGACUCGCGGUGGUUAACUUGUGUGUUUGCGGGGACUUUGUGUUUUUUUUUUUU